AUGAGACAGUUCUUAUGGGGUUCAAUUAAAAAGAAACCUAAGAAAGGUCGGGUAGGUUGGAAAAAGGUGAAUUUACCAAAGGAAGGUGGAGGUGCAGGAAUAUUGAAGAGUAGAGAUCAUGUGGAGAAAAAUAUACACAUUCAAGUGAACAGUAGUGAUAGGUGUCUUUUCUGGAAGGAUGUUUGGUUGAAUGGCCAAUCUUUAAAAUCAUUGUUCCCUAAUCUGUUCAGUUUAAGCAGAUUACAAGAUGCUACAAUCCAGGAGAUGAUUGAUAGGAAUGCAGGUGAUAGUUUGAAGUUUGCUUUUUGCAGGAGUCUCAAGGAUUCUGAAAUUGAAGACGUUGCUCAUUUGUUAGAUUUGCUGUCUACUUUUAAUUGUGGAGUUGGAGCAGAUCACAGGAUAUGGCAGAAUGGUACAAAGACUUUUUCUGUCUCAGAGUGCUACAAAUCAUUAGAGGAUGAAGGAUUGCUGUUGUUUCCCUAUAAGUGUGUUUGGAAUCCAAAAAUUCCAUACAAGGUAAUAUUAUCUGUUUGGUCUCUAUGUUAUGAUGCUGCUCCAACAAUGGAUACCUUAAGGAACUCUUAUAAUGUGAAUGGCUGCCUUUUAUGCAAAAGAAGUGCAGAAUCAAAUCAUCACUUGUUCUUGCAUUGUGAAGUAACUAGAGAGAUAUGGUAUUAUUUCUUAGGGAGUUAUAAUCUUCAAUGGGUUUUUCAAGAAACUGUAAGGAAUACUAUCUUGGAGCGGAGGAAGAAAAAAGGAAGGAAUUUGUGUCUGAGAACCAAGAUUUGGGACAUCAUUCCUUUUGCAAUAUGGUGGGCAGUUUGGUUAGAAAGAAAUGCAAGGGUUUUUAAUGGUAAGUAUAAUUCAGUGGAGAAUAUGAAGGACAGUGUAAAGGCAUUCAUUUACAACUGGUGUGUGGGUACUUCAAUUUUUGAAGGCAUCACUUUGAAUAUGGUUCUGUCUAAUUGGGAGGCUGUGGUUCAUUAG